GAGAGUCUCGUCCUUCUCCCCGCAUCAGGGAGCCCAACCCCAACCGCCACCGCUCCUCCUCCACCCAUGGGCUCGUCGGAGGCCGACGACGACCUGCUCCUCAAGAGCUUCCUCGCCGAGGUCAGCGAGGCCGAGCGAGACAACGAAGUCCUCAGAAUACUUGGUUGCUUCAAGUUAAAUCCUUUUGAGCAUCUUAAGUUGUCAUUUGAUUCUUCCCCAGAUGAGGUGAAGAAGCAAUAUAGGAAGUUGUCGUUGUUGGUCCAUCCUGACAAAUGCAAGCAUCCACAAGCACAAGAAGCUUUCGGAGCCCUGUCAAAGGCGCAACAGCUCCUACUUGAUCCACAGGAAAGAGGUUACAUUCUUGAUCAAGUUACUGCUGCAAAAGAAGAGCUGAGGGCAAAGAGGAAAAAGGAGUUGAGGAAAGACACUGCAUCCAAGAUAAAAUCCCAAGUAGAUGAGGGAAAAUACGAAGAUCAAUUUGAAAGGUCGGACGAAUUUCAUAAGCAGCUCAUAAUUAAAGUUCGUGAAAUUUUGACGGACAAAGAAUGGCGCCGGAGAAAAAUGCAGAUGAGGAUAUCAGAGGAAGAAGGAAGACUGAAGAAGGACGAGGAGGAAACGAAAGAAAUGUGGAAGAGAAAGAGAGAGCAUGAAGAGAAGUGGGAAGAGACCCGAGACAAACGAGUGUCUAGCUGGAGGGAUUUCAUGAAGACCGGAAAGAAGGCACGGAAAGGAGAACUUAAACCUCCAAGGCUUAAGACCGAAGAUCCGAACAAAUCUUAUGUUCAGAGGCCAGUAAAGCGUGGUUAAGAAGAAUGCUGAGAACAUUCUGGUGGCCAUUCUUGCGACCUGAUCCUAGCUACAGCCUAGAAAGGUUAUAUGUCGGGCUGUAAGCUUGAGUUAUGGUCUUCUGUGUUCACAAGUGUAGUUGGUGGGGCAGAACAGAUAAUUCUGAAGCAAAAUGGCCAUAUAUCACCUGCCUAGAGUGGUAUUUGGGACUAAUGUACUUGUUAGGCAGAACACUUGACAAUUGUUACAAAUUUAUGUUGAAAAAGAAAGACGCUGAUGUUGUUUGAAA